AUGACUGCCAAUCCACAAACAGCUCCUGCGAGAGACAACUUCAUCGAGGCAGAUCCUGAUCUCUACGAUGCCUCUGAUUCCAGCCUUGGAGAUGAUGUAUCCAAGUACACUGCAUCAAUGACCAGUAGUAUCGAGAGAUAUCCUGUAGAAAACGGUCGCAGAUACCAUGCCUUUAAAGACGGCAAUUACGUGCUGCCGAACGAUGAAAGCGAAUUGGAUCGCCUCGACCUUACACACCAAAUGUUACGCAUAACAAUGGGCAACAAGCUCCAUUUUGCACCCAUUGGCGAGAAACCUGAAAAGAUGCUUGACAUUGGAACCGGAACAGGUAUCUGGGCCAUCGAGAUGGGUGACGACUAUCCAAGUGCGGAGAUCAUCGGUACUGACUUGAGCCCCACUCAACCUUCCUGGGUCCCCGCAAAUGUCAAGUUCGAAAUCGACGACGCGGAAGAGCCUUGGACCUUCCAAGAAAAGUUUGAUUUUGUACAUGUGCGCUAUCUGGUGGCAGCCAUUGCAGAUUGGCCGAAAUUGAUGCGCCAAGCUCUCGAACACACCAAGCCCGGCGGAUGGGCCGAGUUCCAGGACUUUGACGUUACCUACUAUUCGGAAGAUGGGUCCCUGAAGGAAGAACACGAUGUCUCCAAGUGGAUCACUACCUUGAUCAACGCAGCGAAUGGGUUCGGCAGAGAUGCUUGUCCGGGCUCGAAACUGGAAGGGUGGAUGAAAGAUGCAGGUUUUGCGGGUGUUCAAAAUGAGAAAUUUCGCCUGCCUAUUGGACCGUGGGCGAAAGAUAAGCAUCUGAAAACGGUUGGCGCCUGGAAUCUAGCGCAGAUUGAAGCCGGCAUAGAGGGAUUUACUUUAAGGCUGUUCACGCAGUUCCUAGGCUGGAAGCCUGAGGAGGUGCAGGUGCUGCUUGCCAAUGUGCGAAAGGAUCUGCGAGAUCCAAGGAUCCACGCACAGUUCGACUUCCACGUUGCCUACGGCCAGAAACCCAAGGUGGCAUAG